GGUGUUGCUUUUUGUACUGUAGAUUAAUUUAAAAAAAAAAAAAAUCAAAAGUGUUGACAAAGUGUCGAAGGAUAGAGGUAAAAAGUCAAGGGCGGCUGGUAAGAAAAGUAGGGGGGAGGAGCAUUCGACGGGCAAAUAUUGCAUGCAACAGUCUCCAUUAUUUAUAUUAUUAUAUUGUAUAUGUUCUGCCUAUAUAUACUCCACCAUUCCCCACAACAAAACCAACCCCCCCCCCCCCCCCCCCCGGCGAAAGGUCGAAAACUAAAGAGACGCGCAGAGGAGAGAGAGAGAGAGAGAUGGUUGGGCCGGGGCGUCCUCAGUUCGUGCUAUUUGGUUCAUCAAUAGUACAGUUCAGCUACAGCAACGAAGGUUGGGGAGCCACACUAGCUGACAUCUACGCUCGCAAGGCAGAUAUAUUGUUGCGAGGAUAUGCUGGAUGGAAUUCAAGGCGUGCACUCGAAGUUCUAGACCAAGUUUUUCCGAAGGAUGCCGCAGUACAGCCUUCAUUAGUGAUAGUGUAUUUUGGUGGCAAUGAUUCAAUGAAGCCGCAUCCAAGUGGCCUAGGCCCUCAUGUGCCCCUUCCGGAAUACAUUGAAAAUAUGAGGAAAAUUGCUCUGCAUUUGAAGAGCCUGUCAGAGAAGACCCGCAUUAUCUUUCUUAGUACUCCUCCUGUCAAUGAGGCACAGAUCCGCAAAUUCUGGGGUCAAUUCAAUGAUAUGGGCCGCACAAAUGAGGCCUGCCAGAGAUAUUCAGAAGCUUGUAUAGUUCUAUGCCAGGAGAUGGGCGUGAAGGCUGUUGAUCUUUGCACUGAAUUUCAGAAAAGGGAUGGUUGGCUAACUUCUUGCUUUACGGAUGGGAUCCAUUUGUCGUCUGAGGGAAGCAAGAUAGUUGUGGAGGAGAUACUGAAGGUCCUCAAAGAAGCUGACUGGGUACCAAGUCUGCACUGGAGGUCACUGCCAACUGAAUUUGCUGAAGAUUCGCCCUACCAUCCAGUUGGCCCCAAUGGGAAAGAAAAGACGGAAAAACUAAAAGACCACUUCCAUCCAAGAUUUUGAAGAUCUCAGAGAUUAUUCCUAUAUUUUCACUCCAAUACCAGAUUCAUGACCCAAAUUAGCCAAGUGAUCUGCAAAAAAUCCCCAGAGACUAGACUACAGCUCUAGUUUCUCGGGGAAGAAAAAUAACUGUCUAAAUUCCCUGGCGUAGAUCUGCCUCCCAGUUUAGACAGCUUCUUUAUAUUUUGAAUUAUUUCAUUUCUAAAAGCAAUUUGGUCAUUCUAUGAGAGUUUGUGAGCUUGGAUUUUGGUUCUUAAAUUUAAAUUUAUUUGUGUUGAUUUGAAUAAAUUGCAAAACAAAAACAUAUUAAGUUUUGGCCAAAA